AUGAUGUUACUCAGAAUGGAUCAAAUAAUUCGAUUGUGCAGAAAAACGGAUGGCUUUCACGAUAGUUUUAUGGUUGAACUUGAAUGGGAACAUGAAGAAGGUAUCCGAUAUAGUCCAAAACCACGUAGUAGAUCCGAACAAGAUUUACUUGAAAUAAUGUUACGAUCACCAAAUAAAUCAUCAUUGUUCAAUACUAACGGCGAUAAUAAAAUGUGUGCAGAUUUUGAAUGGGAUUAUUUAUUUGAUUUCGGUGAGGUUGUUCGUUAUGGUAGCACUAAAGUUAAUGGCGGCGAAAAUAGUGUACAAAUAAGUGUGCAGUCAAAAUAG